AUCAAUUGACUGGUCUCCAGAUCCUUGAUCAAGCCAGGCCUGAACUCCAUCCUUGCCCUUCCUCCAGCUGCCUGCUCACUCACCACAAGGAAGCUGACUGGCCCAUACUCCCCUCCUACCGUGUGCCACGGCCUCUCUCACACACCCUCCCCCGCCUCCUACCCACAGCUUGCAACUGCAGCGGCCACUCUGAGGAGUGCAUGUUUGACCGGGAGCUCUUCCGCAGCUCGGGCCAUGGUGGGCGUUGCCUCCGCUGCCGUGACCACACAGCCGGGCCACACUGUGAGCGCUGCCGGGAGAACUUCUAUCGCUGGAGGCCACGGACGCCAUGCCAGCCCUGCGACUGCCACCCAGCAGGCUCCCUGCGCCUCCAGUGCAAUGACUCCGGCACCUGCAUCUGCAAGCCCACGGUGACGGGCUGGAAGUGUGACCGCUGCCUGCCCGGCUUCCACUCGCUCAGUGAGGGCGGCUGCAGACCCUGUACCUGCAAUCCCGCUGGCAGCCUGGGCACCUGUGACCCCCGCAGUGGCCGCUGUCCCUGCAAAGAGAAUGUGGAAGGCAACCUGUGUGACAGAUGUCGCCCGGGCACAUUUAGCCUGCAGUCCCACAGCCCAGCCGGCUGCAGCAGCUGCUUCUGCUACGGCCACUCCAGGGCGUGUGCGGCCGCUGCCCGCUUCCGGGAGCACCACAUCGUCUCCGACUUCCGCCAGGGCACCAUGCUGAGCUCAUUAUGUCCAUGGAACCUCCUGGAUUCCCUGGCAGGAGCCGAGGGCUGGCGGGCCAGAAGCACGGGGGGCCCAGAGCAUCCUGCACAAUGGAGCCCGAGGGGGCUCCUCCUGGACCCCGAGGACAAGGAGGACCUCACAGCACCAGAGAAGUUCCUGGGAGACCAGCGGUUCAGCUAUGGGCAGCCCCUCACACUGACAUUCCGGGUCCCCCCCAGGGGCUCCCCCGUCCCUGCGAGGCUGAGGCUGGAAGGGGCGGGUCUGACCUCGACUCUGCGGCGUUCCAGCUCGCCCAGCCCCCUGGACGCCAGGCAGCCGGGGGAGGUACAGCUCAAGUUCCUGUUGCAAGAGACCUCCGAGGACGUGGACCUUCCGCUGCCCCCCUUCCACUUCCAGCGGCUGCUCACCAAUCUGACUGCUCUGCACAUCCAGGCCAGUGGCCACAGUGCCAGGCUUUCCGGCCCAGUGUUCCUGACUGAGGUCCGGCUCACGUCGGCCCGGCGGGGGCUCUCCCCCCCAGCCUCCUGGGUGGAGACUUGCUCAUGUCCCACGGGCUACACGGGCCAGUUCUGUGAGUCCUGUGCUCUGGGAUACAAGAGGGAGACACCACUGGGGGGUCCCUAUGCCAGCUGUGUUCCCUGCACCUGUAACCAGCAUGGCACCUGUGACCCCAACACAGGGAUCUGCCUAUGCGGCCACCACACCGAGGGCCCGUCCUGCGAGCACUGCUUGCCAGGUUUCUACGGCAACCCCUUCACAGGCCAAGCCGAUGACUGCCAGCCCUGUCCGUGCCCUGGACAGUCGGCCUGCGUGACCAUCCCAGAGAGCAGAGAGGUGGUGUGUACCCACUGCCCCCCGGGCCAGAGAGGGUGGCGCUGUGAGAUCUGUGAUGAUGGCUCUUUUGGGGACCCGCUGGGGCUCUCUGGGGCCCCCCAGCCCUGCCAGCUGUGUCAGUGCAGUGGGAACGUGGACCCCAACGCAGUGGGCAACUGUGACCCCCUGUCUGGCCACUGCCUGCGGUGCCUACACAACACGACGGGUGUCCACUGUGAGAGCUGCCAGGAAGGCUUCUACGGGAGCGCCCUGUCCCCUCGGCCCGCAGACAGAUGCGUGCCCUGCAGCUGCGACCAGGCGGGCUCAGUCAGUGAGCAGAGACCCUGUGACCCAGUGACCGGCCAGUGUUCCUGCCUGCCUCAUGUGACCGGACGAGACUGUGGCCACUGCAGCCCUGGCUUCUACGACCUCCAGCCUGGCAGGGGCUGCCGGAGCUGCAAGUGCCACCCGCUGGGCUCCCAGGGGGACCAGUGCCACCCCAAGACCGGGCAGUGCCCCUGCCGUCCAGGCGUCGAGGGCCAGGCCUGCGACAGAUGCCAGCUGGGUUUCUUCGGCUUCUCCAUCAAGGGCUGCCGGGCCUGCAGGUGCUCCCCGCUGGGCGCCGCCUCGGCCCAGUGUCAUGAGAACAGCACGUGUGUGUGCAGGCCCGGCUUUGUGGGCUACAAGUGUGACCUCUGCCAGGACAACUUCUUCCUCACGGCCGGCGGCACACACUGCCAGGAGUGCCCGUCCUGCUACGCCCUGGUGAAGAAGGAGGCUGCCAAGCUGAAGGCCAGACUGACCCUGAUGGAAGGGUGGCUGCAGGGGUCAAACUGUGGCAGGACCUGGGGACCACUGGACAUCCUACAGGGAGAGGCCCCACGGGGGAACGUCUACCAGGGCCACCCCCUGCUGCAAGGGGCCCAGGAAGACUUCCUGGAGCAGGUGACAGGCCUUGAGGGUGCUGUGAAGGCUGCCCGGGAGCAGCUGCAGGCACUGAGCAGAAAUGCCCACUGUGCCCAGGCCAGAGCUGAGAAGACCUGCGUCCAGCUGGCAGACCUAGAGGCGGUGCUGGAGUCCUCAGAAGAGGAGAUUCUGCAUGCAGCCACCAUCCUUGCAUCUCUGGCGAUUCCUCAGGAAGGGCUCGGCCAGCCCACCAACUGGAGCCACCUGGCCAUAGAGGCCCGUGCCCUCGCCAGGAG